AUGCUAAAAUUCAUUAUUCCUACCAUCAUACUACUACCCCUGACCUGAUUAUCAAAAAAUAACCUAGUCUGAAUCAACCCCACAACCCAUGGCUUAAUGAUUAGCCUCACAAGUCUACUCCUCCUCAACCAAUUCAACGACAACAGCCUUAACUACUCCCUAACAUUCUUCUCCGACUCCCUUUCCACACCACUCCUAAUAUUAACAAUAUGGCUCUUUCCACUAAUACUAAUAGCAAGCCAGUCACACCUCCUUAAAGAACCACCUAUUCGAAAAAAACUCUACAUUACAAUACUAAUUAUACUUCAAACAUCCCUCAUCAUGACAUUCACUGCCACAGAACUGAUCCUAUUCUAUAUUAUAUUCGAAACUACACUAGUCCCAACCCUCAUCAUUAUCACCCGUUGGGGUAAUCAAACGGAACGACUUAACGCAGGUCUUUACUUCUUAUUUUACACACUAGUAGGAUCCCUCCCACUACUAGUAGCACUAACAUAUCUGCAAAACACAACAGGAACUCUAAACUUCCUCCUGUUGCAGUACUGAGCCGAACCUUUACCUGCUUCCUGAUCUAAUACCCUCAUGUGGCUAGCCUGCAUAAUAGCCUUCAUAGUAAAAAUACCUCUUUACGGGUUACACCUUUGACUACCCAAAGCACACGUAGAAGCUCCUAUCGCAGGUUCCAUAGUCCUUGCAGCCGUACUAUUAAAACUCGGCGGCUAUGGCAUACUACGAAUCACACUCCUGCUCAACCCGCUGACAGAACUUAUAGCCUAUCCAUUUCUAAUGCUCUCCCUAUGAGGAAUAAUUAUAACUAGUUCAAUCUGUCUACGUCAAACAGACCUAAAAUCACUCAUCGCAUACUCCUCAGUCAGCCACAUAGCGCUCGUCAUCACAGGCAUCCUCAUCCAAACCCCCUGAAGCUACAUAGGGGCCACUGCCUUAAUAAUCGCCCAUGGCCUCACAUCAUCUAUACUAUUUUGUCUAGCAAACUCAAACUACGAACGAAUCCACAGCCGAACUAUAAUCCUGGCCCGGGGCUUACAGAUCUUUCUCCCGUUAAUAGCAUCUUGAUGAUUAUUAGCAAGCCUAACAAACCUCGCCCUACCUCCUACUAUUAACUUGAUCGGAGAGUUAUUCGUAGUUAUGUCUACAUUCUCGUGAUCAAACUUCACUAUCGUCCUAAUGGGUACGAACAUCCUAAUCACCGCCCUAUACUCUCUAUACAUACUAAUCACCACGCAACGCGGCAAAUAUACCCACCACAUCAAUAACCUCACCCCCUCAUUCACACGAGAACACGCCUUAAUAGCCCUGCACAUCAUCCCCCUCCUACUCCUAUCACUCAACCCUAAGAUCAUUCUAGGCCCUCUCUAUU